AGUGGCUCUAAUCCUUUCCAGCACUUGGAGAAGAGUGCUGUGCUGCAGGAGGCACGUAUCUUUAAUGAGACCCCUAUAAAUCCACGAAGAUGCCUGCACAUCCUUACCAAGAUCCUUUACUUGCUGAACCAGGGUGAACACUUAGGAACCACUGAAGCCACAGAAGCUUUUUUUGCAAUGACCAGAUUAUUUCAAUCCAAUGAUCAAACCCUUAGAAGAAUGUGUUACCUUACUAUCAAAGAGAUGGCCAGUAUUUCUGAGGACGUCAUCAUUGUCACAAGCAGUUUGACCAAAGACAUGACAGGGAAGGAAGACGUAUACCGAGGCCCGGCCAUCAGAGCGCUCUGCAGGAUCACUGAUGGUACGAUGUUACAAGCUAUCGAGAGAUACAUGAAGCAAGCCAUUGUGGACAAAGUCCCCAGUGUGUCUAGUUCUGCACUGGUGUCUUCCUUACAUAUGAUGAAGAUCAGUUAUGACGUAGUCAAACGGUGGAUCAACGAAGCUCAAGAAGCAGCUUCUAGUGACAACGUCAUGGUGCAGUACCAUGCUUUGGGGCUGCUCUAUCACCUUAGAAAAAACGAUCGCCUUGCGGUUUCCAAGAUGUUGAAUAAGUUCACUAAAUCUGGACUGAAAUCCCAGUUUGCAUACUGCAUGCUGAUCCGAAUUGCAAGCAAACUCUUGAAGGAAUCUGAAGAGGGCCAUGAAAGUCCACUGUUUGACUUCAUUGAGAGCUGUCUGCGGAAUAAGCAUGAAAUGGUUAUUUACGAAGCUGCUUCUGCAAUUAUCCAUCUCCCAAACUGCACAGCCAGGGAGCUGGCGCCUGCUGUUUCAGUGCUGCAGCUCUUCUGUAGUUCUCCCAAACCUGUCUUGAGAUAUGCAGCUGUACGGACCCUUAAUAAAGUGGCCAUGAAGCAUCCAUCUGCAGUCACUGCCUGCAACCUGGACCUGGAAAACCUCAUCACUGACUCCAACCGCAGUAUUGCUACCCUCGCCAUCACCACCCUGCUGAAGACAGGGAGUGAGAGCAGUGUAGACAGGCUCAUGAAACAGAUCUCUUCCUUCGUGUCAGAAAUAUCAGAUGAGUUUAAGGUAGUGGUAGUACAGGCUAUCAGUGCUUUGUGCCAGAAAUACCCUCGGAAACACAGCGUCAUGAUGACCUUCCUCUCCAAUAUGCUCAGGGAUGAUGGUGGCUUUGAGUACAAGCGAGCCAUUGUGGACUGUAUAAUCAGCAUCAUUGAGGAGAAUCCUGAGAGUAAGGAAUCGGGCUUGGCUCACCUCUGCGAGUUCAUUGAAGACUGCGAACAUACUGUCCUAGCUACAAAGAUCCUGCACCUGCUGGGGAAAGAGGGGCCGAGGACUCCAUCCCCAUCCAAGUACAUCCGCUUCAUAUUCAACAGGGUGGUGCUGGAGAACGAGGCUGUGAGGGCUGCCGCUGUAAGUGCACUAGCGAAGUUUGGUGCCCAGAACGAGAAUCUUCUUCCAAGCAUCUUGGUGCUUUUGCAGAGGUGCAUGAUGGACAGUGAUGACGAAGUUCGAGACAGAGCAACGUUCUACUUGAACGUACUGCAACAGAGACAGAUAGCACUGAAUGCUGCCUAUAUUUUUAACGGGUUGACCGUCUCUGUUCCUGGGAUGGAGAAAGCCCUGCACCAAUAUACACUGGAGCCUUCUGAUAAACCUUUUGAUAUGAAAACAGUUCCACUGGCUACUGCACCAAUCUUUGAACAGAAAGCAGAGAUUGCCCUAGUGACCAGCAAGCCUGAGAAAGUUGCACCUUCACGUCAGGAUAUAUUCCAAGAACAACUGGCAGCCAUUCCAGAGUUUAAGAGCUUGGGUCCGUUAUUCAAGUCUUCGGAACCAGUGCAGCUCACAGAAGCAGAAACGGAGUAUUUUGUUCGUUGUAUUAAACACGUGUUCACAAAUCACAUCGUUUUCCAGUUUGAUUGCACAAACACGUUAAAUGAUCAGCUGUUAGAGAGAGUCACUGUGCAGAUGGAGCCGUCGGACGCUUACGACGUGAUCUGUUGCAUCCCAGCACCCAGCCUGGCUUACAACCAGCCGGGCAUGUGUUACACCCUUGUCCAGAUUCCCCAGGAUGACCCCACGGCAGUUGCUUGUACUUUCAGCUGCACAAUGAAGUUCACUGUUCGAGACUGUGACCCAAACACAGGCGUGCCAGAAGAUGAUGGCUAUGACGAUGAAUAUGUGUUGGAAGAUUUGGAGGUGACCGUGUCUGAUCAUAUUCAGAAGGUUUUAAAGCCUAACUUCGCAGCUGCGUGGGAAGAAGUGGGAGAUGACUUUGAGAAAGAAGAAACCUUUGCACUUAGUUCAAUUAAAACCCUUGAUGAAGCUGUCAAUAACAUCAUCAAGUUUUUGGGCAUGCAGCCCUGUGAGAGAUCAGAUAAAGUGCCAGAGAACAAAAAUUCUCACACGCUCUACUUAGCUGGUGUAUACAGAGGUGGCUGCGAUGUGCUGGUAAGGUCCAGGCUUGCGCUAGGAGAUGGCGUGACCAUGCAGGUGACGGUUAGGAGCAAGGAAGAGACGCCCGUAGAUGUCAUCCUGGCUUCUGUAGGCUGAGUGUUACAGCGCAUCGACUGUGGUGGAAACCUCCUUUGCAAGCACCGGUUGAGUAUUUACUGGAUAUCAAGCAGCCUGUCUGUCCUUCUGCAUGUAGUUUUUAUUCCUCAAUUUGGUAAAUAUUUUGUAUGAUGU